AUGGUGGAGAUUAUCAGGCGGCGCGUGCCAUCCGCAAGUAUCCUUGUCAUUACCCCACCACCGGUUUGCCAGGACAAGAUUCUGGCGUUUCAGAAGGAGAAGUUCAAAGACAAAGCCAGCGGCCGUCCAGAGCGAACGAACGAGAUGGCGGGAAAGUACGCCGCAGCUGCUGCGCAGACUGCAGAGGAGCUGGGCCUGCCAGCUUUGAAUUUGUGGCGUCUGAUGCAGGACGUGAAUGUUUGGCCGGACUUUCUCUCUGAUGGACUCCAUCUCUCCCCGACAGGCAACCAAUUUGUAGCCAAUGCGCUGCGGGACAAGAUCGCCGAAGCCUUCCCUGAUCUGGUUGUUGUCCCAUGCCAGUACACGGGGCAGUUCGGCGCCUCAGCGGCACAGGAGGAAACCUUGGAAAGAGUCGUAUGCAUUUGCUGGCUGCAAGCUGCUUGA